UUUCCUAUGUUGAAAUUUCAGAAUGUCUCAAAAUACUUCAACAAAAAAAUUUUUUUGCGAAAACAGCGCUAUAGGAAAUGAGGCAAAGAAAAAUAAAAAAGAAAAAAGAAGACAACGCACAGCAAAUGCAUCAAAAUCUAGGUGGAAAAAGCCUGAAGAAAAUGAGGAAGGAGAAGCUGAAAUAUUUACAGAAGAUGAACAAUUUGUUGGAGAAACUAGCGGAGAUGAAAAUUUGGAUGUUCAACCAGAGAUUUAUGAUGCUUGUCAUGAUGUCGCUGGGCCUUCUAAUGCACGUGGUUCAAUGCUUGAUUUGUCUAAUAUGACACAUGAUGAAUUACUUGAAGUAGCUGAAACACUACUCGAGGAAAAUAUUCAAUUAAAUUCUGAAGAUGUCAUUAAAUGUAAAAAUUUUUUACAAAACUUUAUUAUUGUUUUUGCAUUUUUAGCAAAAUUCUCAAUUUUUCAAAAAUCAUGUUUUUUUUGUUUAUUUUAUUUUUCUGAUGUUGUUACCACAAGACAUUAUAAUACUUUAGCCUGUUCAAUCAACACUUUUUAUUCAACAAACAAAUGGUCAACUUUUUUCAAUGAUGAAUCCUUACAACAACAAGAUUUUAAUUUCUCUAGCGAGUCUGGUAAAUAUAAGGUGUAUUUAGUUAGAGAUGGUGAAAAAAGAUUCAAUUUAAAAUAUAUUGGAAUAACAACAGAAAUCAAAAUACGUAUGAAAAAACACAGAGACACCAAAAUAUUCAUCGAGUUAAAGAAUCCUGAAUAUGCAGUACUAUUAGAGAAUUUAACAGAAAAAACAGCUCUAUUUAUGGAAGGCCUGCUCAUCCUCUCUUCUCAUCUCGGCUACAAUUUAUUAAACAGGAGGUAUGAAUUUACCAAUAUUACUAAAGGCUUAGACAACAAAGAAAUAGCAGAAUUAUCAAGGGAAGAUUUAAAGAACACUAUUAUCGAAUACCAUAAGAAAGCAGUAAAUAUACUUAAAAAAAGGUGGAGCAUAGUCGAGUGGAUAAAGUUUUGAAUUAUUUUUGUAAUUUU